AGGUAUGAACCGAGUGCUGGAAAUCGAUGCGAUUUUACAUCGAUUGAUAGCCGUAGACGAGACAAAUUUGCUGGUGAACAGCGAUUGGAAUGAUGUUGCCGACGAUAUUGUUCGGAAGUUGAAUAUGGUGCGCGCUCAAUGCUAUCGUCCACUCUCACCUCGCUCGUCCGAGUGUUCACCCCGCCCAUCGACCUCGCCCCGCCCUCUUGACCUGACUCCUCCUUCUAGCACGCUGAGCUCUGCAGCUAGCGAAAUCUCCGAAUUACCUACAACCUGUACUGAUAUAUCUUAUCAAAGUGCUGCUCAUGCAUUCAAUCGUGAAAUUUUCUCAAGAUGUGUGCAAAUCGUCGAAGCGGCAGAAAAGCAGGGACAUAUCGAAAUGCAAAUGAUCUCACUUGCUCAUCAUUCUUAUAUUGCCAUGGUACACGAAGCAGAUAAAACUGAAGAUGCAAUAAAACUAGCUACAUGGUGGAAUAAAUUCUUAGAAGGCGUAGAGAAAGGCCGUACCAAUACGGAGCUGUUGGAAAUACUGGAAAUGCGGUGUACAGCAUUGGAAAGCCUCCGAAACCUUGACCACGCUAAUCGUCAUGCAAUCGCAGAGAAACUACUUGAAACUUUGAUUAGAAGUUAUAGGAUCUCAUGCAUCAUAAAUCGCCGCUUCCACACGCGCACAUUACGGCGACUGGAGAAGAUUGCUGACUGGUUGGACGAAGUGGAACAUGGCGACAACAGAGAUGUUACUGAUGUUGAAAAACUUUUCGAAGAAGCCUUAGAUGAGACACAUAUUGACCGACAUCGCUAUGAAGUCGAAACCGAGAUGACGUUGAGAGAGCGACGAGAUCCCAACUACACUACGUGUUGUGAAAUGUUGCGCGCACUCUCGUCGCGAAUUACUGAUGAUGCAUUGACGGCACCAACUGACGUUGUGCAAAGCAAGCCGAUUUCACCACCUCCCAAGACCGAGAACUGGUCCCUGUCUUCAAACUCUGAUGUAGAAGAAGUCGCUUGCUCACCAUGUGAAGAUGUUGUGAUUCGAUUCUAAAAUCUAACUUUUUAAUAUCGCUCAUUGCGGGUCUCGUAGCGCCGCAAUAUACAGUAUCCGAUGACUAGGCUUGAGAAGUUCUAGCCCUCAUCGUCAGCGUUGGCCAAAAUUUCUUGCAUGUUUUCUAUUGUGUUAUCAUAGGCGCACAAUCUGAUAUGUUUAUAUAUGUUAUGUUCGAAUGCAAUUAUUGAUUUAAAUGGAUCUAUGUCCGAGAAACUCCCGGUCGCUUUAGAGUUUGAUAAAGUUGUAAAAAUGCUUA